CUCCUACAAGCCGGCUACGUGCAACGCCACCGCGUUUAUGGAAGCGUAACGUGACGUCACAAUCUCGUGCGAGUUGCGACGGGAUUAGCGGCCCGGAAAGGAGCUAGACGUCAAUUUGGCUACGGAUUCUCGGGCUUUAUUGAGAAGAUCAGGAUUGUCCUGGAAAGAGCUGGGCUGUUAGUCGGAGAGAAAAUGUCCAAAGUGUCAGACCUGUUUGAUGUGACCUGGGAAGACAUGCGGGAUAAGAUGAAAACUUGGCGAGAAGAAAACUAUCGGAACAGCGAACAUGUAAUUGAAGUCGGAGAAGAGCUGAUAAAUGAACACGCUUCCAAACUUGGAGAUGACAUUUGGAUCAUUUAUGAACAAGUGAUGAUUGCAGCCCUGGACUGCGGUAGAGAUGACAUAGCAAUGUCUUGUCUUCAGGAACUAAGAAGGCAAUUUCCUGGCAGCCACAGGGUGAAAAGGCUAACUGGCCUGAGAUUUGAAGCUAUGGAAAGGUACGAUGAUGCGCUCCAGAUAUAUGACAGAAUAUUACAAGACGAUCCAACUAACACAGCAGCAAGAAAGAGAAAGAUUGCCAUUCGGAAAGCCCAGGGUAGAAACUCGGAGGCCAUCCGAGAGCUGAAUGAGUAUUUGGAGCAAUUUGUUGGUGACCAAGAAGCUUGGCACGAACUCGCAGAGCUUUACAUCAACGAACUUGACUAUGCCAAAGCUGCUUUUUGUUUGGAAGAACUCAUACUGACUAAUCCACACAACCACUUCUAUUACCAGCAGUUUGCUGAAGUGAAAUACACCCAAGGAGGGCUUGAAAAUCUGGAACUUUCUAGAAAAUAUUUUUCCCAGGCCCUGAAACUCAACAACCACAACAUGAGAGCAUUAUUUGGACUUUACAUAUCCUCCGUCCAUAUCGCCUCCAAUCCCAAAGCAAGUGCAAAAAUGAAGAAGGAUAACGUAAAAUAUGCGACAUGGGCCGCUAGCCAAAUAAAAAAAGCCUAUCAGCUUGCAGGUCGCACCAUGACUGAUACGCAGACAUCUUUAAAGGCUGUUGAAGAUAUGUUGGAAACCUUGCAGAUUACACAGUCCUAAUAACACAAUGAAUAGCUACACCAA